UAGUAGACGACUUAUUAUAAGUCGUCUGGAAGGUCUUCCAGCUGGACGACUUAGUAGACGACUUAUUAUAAGUCGUCUGGAAGGUCUUCCAGCUGGACGACUUAGUAGACGACUUAUUAUAAGUCGUCUGGAAGGUCUUCCAGCUGGACGACUUAGUAGACGACUUAUUAUAAGUCGUCUGGAAGGUCUUCCAGCUGGACGACUUAGUAGACGACUUAUUAUAAGUCGUCUGGAAGGUCGUCCAGCUGGACGACUUAGUAGACGACUUAUAAUAAGUCGUCUGGAAGGUCGUCCAGCUGGACGACUUAGUUGACGACUUAUAAUUAAGUCGUCUAUUUAGUAUUUUGUUUCAAAUAUCUAACUCGAUUCUUCUUCUAUUUACUGCAGACCCGCGUGAUCAACUUUGUUGAGAAGGACAUUAGUGAAAUGUGGCCAAAAUGGGACUCUGAGGUUGAUGACGUGCCCGCGGAGAACAUCAUUAAAGUGAUGUAUGAUCGGAGACCGUGGAAGUGGACCAUGGAUUGCUGGGAAGUCACUGGUACAAAACCCAAGUUUGUGACUCCAUCGAAAAGAGCCAAAGAGAUGGUUGUGGAGGAGGUGGAGGAAGACAAUCAGAGACCUCGGAAGAAAGCUCGUAAAGAGGCUCCUAAAGAGGCUCCUAAAGAGGCUAGAGAAGAGGCUCCUACAGAGGCUACAGAAGAGGCUACAGAAGAGGCUAGAGAAGAGGCUAGUUGGGUGACCAGAGAGGAGUUAGAAAACAUGUUCAAGGACUUAGGUGACAUGAUGAAAGAGGGGUUUAAGAAGUGCAUCAGGGAGAUUAGGAAGAUCUCCGAUAGAUUGGAAGCUGUGGAGAAGAAGGUUGGUGUCACCAAUCAGGCUACCCCUCAAGCCCCAGAAACCGGGGUUAGUAAAAAACACCCUACCCCA